CCCGCAACACCAUUGCAUCGCAUCACAUCUAUCUUCAUGAUGCGUAACACAAAAACGGCCGCAUGCGUGCAACACCAGCCCGCAACCCGACAACAUGUCCUACACGAACAUCAAAAACAGGCUCCCCCAGCCCCUUUUCACUCUCUCUAUCCAUACAAGUUUCCAAUUAAAUCAAAAGAUCUAAUUUCCCGGCAGAAUUCCUUCCAUGUCUUCCUCAGAUUCUUCACAAGCAUCCCAAGAUUCCCAAAUCCAUUCUUCCAGCGCAAAUCACAACCAUCACCGCCAAUCCGCAGAAAUGUUACCCCCCAAAGCGAAAUUCGUCCGCGAAAUCGAGCGCAACAACAACACACGCAAAUCCACAUCCCCAUCAACAACCCCAUCCCCCAAAAUCUUUGGCCAAAACCACACCUUCACAGUCCCCUCGGUCCCAGACAUGACCUACUUCGCCCGCAUCCUCCACUACCAACGCUACGGACACGAUGGCCUCGCCUGCUCCGGUGCGUGCUCGAGUAAUUACACACUGCCAAUGUACGAGGAACAGGGUUACAUGUCGCCUUACCAGGUCAGGUACACGGAGCGCCCUGGCUCGCGGGGCUCGGUGCAGAGUGACGCGUCUUUUGAUGUCGCGGGGUACCGGCGGAAGUUGGGAGCUUCUGGGGUGAAGAAGAGGAGGUUGCAUACCUUUUUGGCGGUUGUUCUUGCGUUGUUGAUUAUUAUCUUUGGGGCGGGUGUUUUGGCUUUUGUUUUGUUGUCGAUUCGAUUGAGAUGAAAUUGGUGUUGUGUGGUUAAUUGUAAUACUGGUGAAAAUGGCUUGGGUGCGGCGAUCGUCUGUAAUGUCUUUUGGUUCUGAAAAGUUUUACUUCGUGUUUGGCAAGCACUCUGAGUCUCCCGAGGACAACGCUCCAAGGAGUUUUCAGUCUAUUAACCAAGGUGUUGGGAGUUUCUGGCAGGCUUGUCCAAAUGUUGUUAUCAAUGGAUUGAUUUGGCAUGCAUUUUGUUAAAGCAUCUUUGGCUCUCGCUUGAGGUCGUUCAAGUCUCUGUGAUCAAUGCUGACUAAGAUAGUGUUGAUAGUUGCCCCUCCACCCCUCUUCCUAGCCGUCACGACUCGCCGCUACCUACAGGAACCUCC